GAGUUGAAAAGCAACCUAACCCCAGUAUAGAAAGCUUGGUCAAAUUCCGUACUGGUUUUCACUCAGAAAGGGCCAGAUCUCUCUACACUGCAAGUCUAGAAUAUGGGGAAAGAGACCAGAGCUGAAAUUUGAUCCCCUAAUCUCGCAGAAAUCCUUUUCCAUUGUGUUUUUCAGGCUGUCUAUUUAUCCUCUUAUUUUAACUUUCUCUCUUCCUUCUCUUGAAUUUGUCAAUCCACUCACUGGUCUUUCUUUAUGCCCAUCAUUUCUUUACCUUUCCUCUGUUUAGCUCCCUCAAAGUAGUCGCUGUACCAAUCAAGCCAAACCGAAAGAUGAAGAUCCAGUGUGAUGUGUGUAACAAAGACGAGGCCUCCGUGUUCUGCACCGCCGACGAGGCAGCCCUCUGCGACGCCUGCGACCACCGCGUCCACCACGCGAACAAGCUCGCCUCCAAGCACCAACGCUUCUCGCUUAUCCACCCUUCUUCCAAACAAUUCCCUCUCUGCGACGUUUGCCGGGAGAGACGAGCUUUCUUGUUCUGUCAGGAGGACAGAGCGAUUCUGUGCAGAGACUGUGAUAUUCCGAUUCACACGGCCAACGAGCACACCCAGAAGCAUAAUAGGUUCCUUCUUACUGGGGUUAAGCUGUCUGCUACCUCGACGCGCUAUACGUCAUCCUCCUCCUCCGCCGCCGCUGCUUCAACCGACGUCUGUGAGCCUGUUCCUGAUCACAAAUCUCAGCCCGUGAUCAAGAACUCCGCUGCUACUUCUCUUGCAGUUUCACCAACAGCAAUCACUGACAAGGGUGGUGAAAAGUUGCCGAUGGACCAAACGAGUAGCAUCUCGGAGUACUUAAUAGAGACGCUGCCGGGGUGGCACGUUGAAGAAUUUCUCGAUUCAACUUAUGAUCCCUUUGGUUUCUGUAAGAGCGAUGAUGGUGUAUUGCCGUUUCUGGAUGCUGAUCUUGGGAGCAAUAUGGGUACUUUCUCGUCUGAGAGUAGUUUUGGCAUUUGGGUCCCUCAAUCAACUGCUCCUCUGUUUCCUCCACACAUGGCUGUGCAGACUGCGCUCAAAGAGACUAAAGAAGGCACUACUAUAAAAGCCAACAAAAGGUGGAUGGACGAUGGUUUCACCGUUCCACAAAUUACCACUCCGUCCACUGGCUCCAAGAGAUCUAGACCUUUGUGGUAGAAUCAGAGCCUCCAAAUCUCGUAUUUUCAAGAACAGAGCUCAUGUUCAUAUUUUCCUGAUUUGGCUUGAACGAACGUUGUUUUCUUUUCUUUGCAAGUUUUGUUUGUAGUUUUAUCCUUUUUCCACCUUCUCUCUGUGUCAUAACCCAACCCAGGUUCAGUUUUCAUCUUUUUUUUGUCUCGUCUUCCUCCCUGAGCUUGCGAAUGCGUGCAUCAUUGUAGAUAUCAAUGCAAUCUACGGAGAUUUUUGCU